AUGAUGUUUCUGGGAUGGCACACAACCAAGUUGCUGUCGGGGAGCAGGAAAAAUGUAACUUUAGCGUUAGCAAAAAAAUGGAACUUCACAAAGGAGGUGCGUCAUUUUGCAGCUAGCUAUUUAUUAGAAGAGGAUGUCGGGAUCAACCAUUUUAUGAGCAACUUCUUAGGUGAAAAUGGGUUCGAUGUGGAGGAAAAAAAAAAGGACUUGGUGUGCAUCUUUAAAUAUAAAUGUGAAGAUUUUCACGUCUAUGAAAUUGGGAAAGAUAAAAAUAUCUUGAAUUUGAGCUAUGUUAGGGAGAGGGUGCAAAGGGAGAGUGGGAGUUACCAUGCGAGUAACGAAGCGAGAGACAGCCUCGAAGAGGUAGAUAGCGAUCAUAAGCUUAAAGGGAAGCAGAAAAUAACAAUCAAGAAACCUGCAUCAACGCAAGAGGGGAGAGACCACGAUGGAUGUUACAGGUCGCCACAACCAGAUGGGGAAAGUAAUUCCCAGGAGGAGAAAAAUGAAUGGAUAAGUUUUAUUCUGUAUAAAGUGAACAAGGACACACAAGAAGCCAUCAGAGAAAUUAGCAAAAGUACGAAUAUCCCCAUAAAAGAUUUUUACUACGCAGGCUUUAAAGACAAAAGAAGUGUGUCCACGCAAAUCAUUUCCACUAGGAUGAUGCACAUUGAUAAAAUAAGGAACAUGAUGAGGAAUGGUCAGUCCAAUGAUAAAAGAAUGAAGAAUAUACAAAUUUGUAGCCUAGAAAAGGUACACAAAAAAAUUGAGCUAGGAGCACAUAGUGGCAAUAGAUUUGUGGUAGUUCUGAGAAAUGUACAAAGACAUGAAGAUUAUUUAAGGCAUAAAUUGGAGCAGAUUAAAAAACAUGGAUUUAUAAAUUAUUUUGGAAUGCAAAGAUUUGGAGUCUAUAAAAAUACCUUCAAUAAAGGGAAGGCGUUAAUACGAAGGGACUACAAAGAAUACAUAGGGCAUGUCUUAGAUCCUCUCAUUUUUGAAAAUAAAAGAUUUUAUGGAAAUGCUACUAAAGAUAAUCUGACCAUUUUCUUGAAAAGGGCUUGCGACAUAUAUCAGAAAAAAAACGCUACCUUUGCUUUUCGUUAUUUGUCUCACAAAACGAAUAAGCUGCUUAAAAGGAGCGACGCCAUUCCGCGUGACGACCUGAGCAAGCCGGCUAGCGCGAACAAGCACCUCUUUUCGUAUCUGACUAAUUCGGAGUACGAGGCGUACAUCCUCCUGCGUAAUUUGUACAUGUGCGAGAGGAAUAGUCGCGGGAGGGGAAAAGGUGGUGGUGGUAAUAGCGUCGAUAGCGGUUUCACCGAUCGGAUUGAUCGCACCGAUCAUAAUGAUGGAGGAAGCAAAGUAAAUGACCUCGCAGAAGCGGAGAAUCGGAAAUGUUUGGUCGACAGUGCACUGAAUGAUCCUGGCAUAAUGCACACUAAUGUGCACGAGGAAGAAAACCAUUUUUACAAGAACGAGAAGACAUGCGUUAAGGGGGUGAGCAUGGAGACAAGGAGAUUUCACAUGCACUCUUACAGCGCGAAGAUAUUUAACAUGUUAACAUCCUAUCGGUUGGAAAAUUUCGGUAUCGCUCCUGGAAAGGGCGACUAUGUCUUUUUGAAGGAGAUGCAAUCGGAAGGGGAAGAAGCAAAAACGCAGCAUAAGUACAUAGCUGUGUUGUAUGGUAGGGAUGAAAGCGCCGAAGGGUGUAGGACCGAUGGCCAAAUGGAAGAUGCAAGCAUAUAUAAUGUUGUUUUGCCUGUCCUGGGAAGCAUGCCCCCCAGGCUCUCUUACCUAAACGUCUUCAAGAAGUUAUACAGGAAGUACAGGGGAAGCCAAGUAAGACUUGUUUUCUUAGAAAUAUUACUCUACCUGAUGCAUACCCUCCACGAAGAUGAGCUGUUCAGUGUGCAUGGCGAUAAUGUAGCAACUGCGUUUUUACAGCAUUUAAUAAAAAAAGAAGAUAAGAAAAAUGUUAAUCAGUCCAUUCGACUAGCUAGCGAUAAUAUAUUAAAUAAUGCCAUUCCAAUUAAACAAGCCUUACAUACAAUAAAAAAGUUUGACCAGUACGUCAAUUCGUUUGAAUACGAGUAUGGAAUGACUUGUGUCUUUAGAAACGUAGUCACGCGGCCAACCCAUAUGUAUUUCUGCUUCUGUCAGUAUAAGGAACCGAAGAGAAAAUUCCUCUCCGAUUUCUAUGCCGCGUCUAAUUCUGAGAAAAAUGAGAAUUCGAAAGGGAAAGUACAUGUUCGUCCGUGUAGCGAAACGGAAGUAUGCAAGAAUGGGCAGAUAAAAGGCAUCCCCACCUCUGACAGUAAGCAUAGCGAAAUAUCUCUACGUCGUUAUCAAGGUGAACAGAAAGAUAAGGAUAAAACGGGGACAUAUUCACAUAAUGUGGCUACAGGUGGGUAUAAAAAUACAUCCCCAAAAGAGAAAAAGGAAAACAUGAACAAUGAAUAUUUUCAAAGUCAUACAAACAAUCAUAGUAGCAGUAAAGAAAAAAUGACAAAAUGCGAAGGAAAUUUGGGUGCCCUAAUAUUAAGCUUUAGCUUGAACUCCUCCUCCUAUGCUACCAUGUUGGUGCGAGAGUUGUACGGAAAACGCAAUGAGCUCCUGGUUUAUAAUUUAAUUAAAAAUUGUGAGAAUUAUGACAAAGAAGUUGGAAUGUUAGGGGAGAUGGGAAAAAAACAAUAG